GUCAAAUUCUAAGUUACUCUGGGAGAAAUCAAAUCUGAAAAGGAAAGUUAAGAGUUACAAAUGCUCAGAUGUAUUUGGGAAAUUGGUGCUGAGGUUUAUUUGAGCAUGGAAUGGAAUUCAGAACUCUGUGAAAGACAGCUGGUAUCUAGAGAGCUGAUGUCACACAGAUGUCCCAGACUGGAGAGAUGUAAGAGCUAACAGUGGCUGUCCAUUCAAGCUGGCCACACUUCUGAAAGUAUGUCUAAACCUUUUGACCUCCGACCAACAAUCCUCAUUGUUAUUUGUACUGGGAUCCUGGCAGCCAUAUUUCUAUUGAAAGGAGUUGUCCUCUAUUUUUACUUCAAAGUAGCCAAGACACUGGAUGCAGCUAGAAUUGUAAAAGAAGCAGAUGUCGCUGUAAGCUGCAUUGAUCCAUGCAAGGUCACCCAUGAGAACGUCACCCAGGCCAAACCCAUCCCUAUGGAGCCUUGUCGGACCCUGCAGUGCUGUGAUGUCUGUAGUGUCUACACAGAUGCCGGUGCCCUCUCACCCUGCAUUUGUAGCAUAAGUGAAGGACUCUGACAUGGCAGUGGUGGAUGAAAAGAAAUCUUCAUGAUCAAUAUUUCAAUUCCUUAGUGGGACGUUUUCGUAUUCAAGCCACUUUCUAUAGUGUUGAUGUUGUCGUGUACCAUGUACCAUGAUAUUUAUGUACUUUUGUAUAAAUGUACAAUAAUGAAAA